ACAAAAAUAAAUAAAAAUUCCAAGCGAGUAGAGUCAGUGGUAAUCUUUUCAGGAGAGAGAGAUAGAGCAUCCAGCGAAGCCACGGCUUUAUUAGGGCCACAGCACCUGUCUAUAAAGUAUAAACACCAUAUUUUAUGGCUGCCCUGCAAAAGAGAAGAGUGGAAUGUCUUUCCAGGCGAUAGGAAAUUUCUUUCCUUGUUUCUUCCACUAUGCGGCCUCAAGAAAUCACGUCCUCCUUCGACUCCUCCAAUUCCUCUUCCCCAACUCCUCACCUGCUAUUCCAUCGAUCCAUCUCAAGGCAUUCGGAAGAGAGAUAGUGCAUGUCAAAUGGCCUUUAGUCGCCAUCGUCUCGUCCAUGACUGGCACACUCUGCUUCAUCGCCGGAAAACAAAGCUUCAGUCAUCCAAAGAAAGGUUCAUUUCUCAUGGCCAACGCUCUCCUAUGGUACUGUCUCAUGUGUUUGGGAGGCUUCUUCCACCAUAGUUUCUUCAACAAGCGCAACAUCUUCUAUUGCUUUGAUGUUUUCGGAACUUGUUGCUCCUCUGUGUCGUUAAUUGCCGCAAUUUUGGGUGUCGAUGAUCGGAUUUCAUCAAAUCGCCGGAAUUUCAUUGUGUUUUACGCGAUGGCGACUAUCUUUGUAAUUUUUGGGCCACAGUGGGCUAGAGAAGCUCUCUAUCUCCUGCCCACUACAGUUGCUUUGUGUGUGGGGUCCUGGUAUUUGGCCGUGGUGAUUGAAGCCUUGAGGCUAGAUGAUGAUAGGAGAAAGAAGAGAGAGAAAGUGGGUGAUGGUGAAAAGAACACGAAGGAGAUGAAGAGAGAGGAAAAGUUGAUCGAUGAUUUGAAAAAGUGGGUUUUGAUAAUGGGGUUUGGUGGAGUGAUUAGCGUGGUGGGGUUGGUAUUUAACAGAUGGAUAAUGGGGUUUAUGGGUCCUCAUGCGGGUGUUCUCUUGUGGUUCUUUGUGGGGUGUGGCAUUGCUCUCUUGGGCUCAUCCCGUGUUUUCCACAUUCUUAACAACGCGGAUUUUGCGUUGUUUUGUUUUGAUGUUCUUGAUUAAGGCAGGCUACAUCAAUCAAUUCAAUGGUAACGGCGCCUUCUUAGUU